GUCAUUACGGAGAUCUCAGAAAAAAAUCCGUUCUGUGCUCAUAAGGAUAACAAAGUGACGCACAGAAAAGUUUAAAGAGCAGACUGGAAGAGAGAGAGAGAGAGAUUUUCAUCUCAUUGUCAUUGCAGUCGCUACCGGAACGCAUUCGUUCGCUGCCGUAGAAUGAUGUCGAGCAGCAAAACGACUCUUGCUUUCCUCAUCUACGGGCUCCUCGUACAAUGCAACGUGUUGAGUUACCCCAACAUCAGAACUGCAGGAUUUGACGAGGAGGGAAACUCAUUAACGGAUCUAACCUUUGACACUGACCAGAUCUCUAUUCGAAGCUCUCCUUCAGUUACUGAAGACGCAUACACGUUUUACAGUCCUCCAUCGAAAAGAAUGGAAAGGCACGCUGACGGGAUGUUUAACAAAGCCUACAGGAAAGCGCUCGGUCAGUUAUCAGCGCGGAAAUACCUGCAUACACUGAUGGCAAAACGCGUGGGGGGAGCAAGCAUGAUAGAGGACGACAAUGAGCCGCUCUCAAAGCGCCACUCAGACGGGGUUUUCACGGACAGCUACAGUCACUACCGGAAGCAAAUGGCCGUAAAGAAGUAUCUGGCCGCGGUCCUUGGCAAAAGGUAUAGACAGAGAUAUAGAAGCAAAGGACGGCGGCUCGCCUAUUUGUAG